UUCACUCCUCGCAACGGAUUCAAAGAUUCCCCUUCUCCUCCGCUCCCCCUUUUCUUUCCCUCUCUUUCUCUUCAAUGGAUCCUUUUGUAGCAGAAGCAGCGACGCCAUUGUUGCAUUCAACAAGCUCCGACACCAGCAGUGACGCCGACGACAACACUCCGGCGCCCUCCUACACCUUCGAUUUGAAACAAAUCGGAUUCCGCUGCGAUUUCCUUUCCAAAUCCCCAUCUGGGUAUUGCCCGUAUCGGCAACUGGCGGUUCUCUCCGGCCACAUCGGCUCUGUUUCUUGCUUAGCAAUGUGCGGCGAGUUCAUUUUAAGUGCAUCGCAAGGAAAAGACAUAAUCGUAUGGCAACAGCCGGAUUUAAGGGUUUUCACCCGAUUCGGCCAUGGUGAAGGAUCUGUAAAGGCAGUGGUCACCGUAGGAAGCAAGGUUUUCACCGCUCAUCAAGACGGAAAAAUCAGAGUCUGGAAGGUUUCACGGCGGUCGGAGAACAAUUUCCGCUUGGUAAACACACUCCCAACAGCGAAAGAUUAUUUGGGUAAGUUCAUGAAACAAAAAAACUAUGUUCAAACAAGAAGACACCAUAAAAUCCUCUGGAUUGAACACGCUGAUACCAUUUCUUGUUUAGCAGUUCAUAAUGGAUUGAUUUACUCUGGUUCUUGGGAUAAAACCCUAAAAAUUUGGAGGGUUUCUGAUUUAAAAUGCUUGGAAUCCAUUAAAGCUCAUGAUGAUGCGAUUAAUGGGAUUGUUAUCUGUAAUGGGAUUGUUUAUUCCGCUUCAGCAGAUGGGAAAAUCAAAGCAUGGGGAAGAAAAAAACAAGAAGAAGAACAAGAACAAGAACAGGAAGAAACCCAUUGUUUAUUAGGGAUUUUAGAGGGUCAUAAGGAUGAAUCGAUGAACUGUGUGGUGGUUUCCGGCGACGGGAAGUGGGUAUAUGGGGGAAUUUCAGAUGGGUUCUUGAUGGGUUGGGAAAAAACAGGGGAAUCGGUGAGCUGUUGGAAGGUGGUUUGGGAGAGAAGGGCUCAUAAAAUGGCGGUGCUGUGUGUGUGUUUGAUGGGGGAGUUUUUGUGCAGUGGAUCGGCGGAUAAGAGCAUAGGGAUUUGGAGAAGAGAAGCGUUUGGAAGGCUGUGUAAAGUUGGGGUGAUAAAUGGGCAUGACGGACCAAUUAAAUGCUUACAGGUGGCGCCAAAUGGUGUGGGUGAGGGAUUCUUGUUGUACAGUGGUAGCCUUGAUAGAAGCUUGAGGGUUUGGUGGGUUUCCAAAGCUUCCGCCAUGGGAGUUGGAGCUUUAGUUGCAGAGGAUUCAAAGAAGGCUGUCGUCUCCUUCUGAGCUAAGUCUUUGAUGAAGCAUUGAUUGGUUCUUUUAUUCAACCCUUCAUUGCUUCAUCAAAUUUCUAUGUUUUUUU